CGCGUAAUAUGCGCCGCUGCGGUUUGUUUUGCUGCGUCUUCUCCGGACUGACUUUCUCCUGACAUUAAAGCCGAUAAAUACUAAACUCAGCCCUGAACAGACCCACAGACCGCCCUGUAUUACUAGUUCAGGAUGCUGCUGUCCUCGGUGCCGAAGCGGCUGCUGCUGAGACGCUCUCGCAGUCUGUCUCCGUGCCGUGUUCUCCACACGAGCCCCGGCGAGGCCUCCAGGAUCUGCACCCGGGAGCUGGAAACAGCCCGGGGCCCUGCAGCCGCCUCCGUCAGUGUGACCCCCAGAGUACAGUACCACCAGCUGGCCAACAGGUGGCGUGCCAGCCUGCAGAACCGGAGGAGCUCGUGGGCAGCACUGGCCUCAGCAGGGCGCACCAAUAAGUACUGGGAGGAGGAGGGAGGGGGCAAGAGCGGCAGCGGGGCAAGUAGGGGGGCAGCAGCUACAGCGGGGGUCCUGUCAGCCGCCGCCGUGGCCUUGUGCUUAAAGAAGGACGAAGACUCUAAAGGUGACUCUCUUUUGAAUGCGGCCAGAUCAAGCAGUGCACAGGAGGUGGAAAGGUUGUUGGCAGCUGGAACUGAUCCAAACACUCGCCACCGUCUGGGCUGGACUGCGCUUAUGGUCGCUGCCAUGAACAGACAACACAAUGUGGUGAAGGUCCUGUUGGAGUCUGGUGCUGAUCCAAACCUUGGAGAUGAGUUCAGUAGUGUUUACGGCACGGCGCGAGAUAAAGGCGUCCACUCUUUGGAGGUGUUGGUCAGUAGGGAGGACGAGUUCAGCAGCAGGCUCAGUAGUCGCGCGAGUUUUCGUGGCUGUAGUUCGCUGCAUUACGCUGUUCUGGCAGAUGACCCUCGCACUGUCCGCAUGCUGCUGGAAGCAGGUGCCGACCCCUUGCAGACGAACGAGCUGGGACACACUCCGCUGGCCUACGCCAAGGAGGGAGAGAUGCACACACUCCUGAAGGAAUGGGAGGGCAAGUUUGUGGAGGAGAAGCAGAAGAGGGAGGCGGAGGAGAGGAGGAGGUUUCCUCUGGAGCGCCGGCUGAAGGAGCACAUCAUCGGCCAGGAGGGGGCCAUUAACACGGUGGCAUCAGCUAUCAGAAGAAAGGAGAAUGGGUGGUAUGAUGAAGAGCAUCCCCUGGUCUUCCUCUUCCUUGGGUCUUCUGGAAUUGGUAAAACAGAGCUGGCUAAGCAGGUGGCCCGUUACAUGCACAAAGACAUCAAGAAGGGUUUCAUCAGAAUGGACAUGUCCGAAUUCCAGGAGAAGCAUGAGGUGGCUAAGUUCAUUGGCUCCCCCCCGGGUUAUGUAGGUCAUGAGGAGGGUGGUCAGCUCACUAAGCAGUUGAAGCAGUGCCCGAACGCAGUGGUGCUGUUUGAUGAGGUGGAUAAAGCGCACCCGGACGUUCUCACCAUCAUGCUGCAGCUGUUUGAUGAGGGGCGUCUGACGGACGGGAAGGGAAAGACCAUUGAGUGUAAGGACGCCGUCUUCAUCAUGACCUCCAACGUGGCAAGUGAUGAUAUUGCCCAUCAUGCACUGCAGCUGAGGCAGGAAGCCCAAGAACAGAGUCGGCACCGGCUAGCGGAAAAUCUGGAGGACGUUCAGCAAAGCGACAAAAUCACCAUCUCCAGAAGGUUCAAAGAUGAAGUGAUUCGACCCAUUCUGAAGGCCCAUUUCAGAAGAGAUGAGUUUCUGGGACGGAUUAACGAGAUCGUUUACUUCCUGCCUUUCUGCCAUUCUGAACUUAUUCAACUGGUCAGCAAAGAACUCAACUACUGGGCCAAAAAGGCGAAGCAGAGGCACAACAUCACCCUGCUGUGGGAGCGGCCUGUGCUGGACCUGCUGGCCCGUGGCUACAACCUGCACUACGGAGCGCGCUCCAUCAAACACGAGGUGGAGCGUCGGGUGGUGAACCAGUUAGCCGCUGCCUACGAGCAGGAGCUCCUCCCUAAAGGCUGCACCCUCCGCCUGACUGUGGACGGGGAGCUGGAGGAGGAGACGGAGGGAGCUGCAGCCCCUUCCCUCCGUUUGGAGCUGGUGGGUGAAGACAGCAAGAGCCGUAAACUGGACAUCCGCCCACCACUCAACCCAGAGGAAAUGGCCUUCACCCACUGAUUCCACUGAUGCUUAGAGAGGCGUGGUCUGUGCCACCACUGUGAUUUGGGUCAAUGGUUGCCAGGGCUGUGUGGUGGGCUUCAAAAAGCUGAUGUGUUAAUAAAAGGGGCUUUACCCUUUUAACAGGCCAUGUGGAUGUGUAAGUAAUGAAAGAUGAUCAAUGCAAAUUGUAUUUAUCGUAUUUAUGGAAACACUAACUAGCUAAUUCCUGUCAAAUUGCAGAAUUACAACAAAAAUAAAGGAAGUUAUAGUUGUACCUAUAUUUAGCUAGUAACUGGUUUUCCUUAUGAUAGCUAUAGUUAGGCCUGUCACGAUAAAAUUCAAUAUAUCGUCACAUAAAUUAUCGUGCUAAACAAUAUUUUUAAAGACCACAAAAUCUGUAAUUAAUCAUAGAUUAGUAAAUAUAUCAAUUUUUCUUCAUAUACUGCAGUCACUGCAUACAGUGUGUUUAUGAAGUCAGUUAUUAAAGCAAUGGUCAUUUACCAUGACUGGCUAAAAUACUGUUCACUGUUAUAAGAUAUAUACACAUGAAAAAAACAAGCAAAAACACAAGACAGUAUCACGAUUAUCAAAUAUUAUUGAGGUCACGUCCAUUUAUUGCACGAUAAACCAAUAAUAUAAUUAUCAUGACAGACCUAGCUACAGUUAUAUUGAAUAAAUUAAAUGUUUAUCACAUUACAGUUCAUCACUAAAUUCAAUAUCAUACAGCAGUGUCUCUAUUCGAUACAUAUUGAAACAUUAUGAUUUAAUUCAAUACAAUAUGGUACACUGUAUUGCUACAUCCCUACAAGCUAUAAUUGUAAUAUUUGAAGCAUUAUGCAAUAGUUUUGACUAUUUAAGGAAAAAAAAGAACCUUCAUAAUUUGAUUUUGUAUAAAACAUUGUGUGUAAAUUCUUAAAUUAUCUUCUUUUUUAAUUCAUUCUUUUUUUUAUUUAUUUAAUUAAUGCUAUGCUAUUUACCUAACUGUCACAUGCCUAAUUGCUACAAUAAGUAAUGUGCUAUUCUGUGGUAAUAUUGUAGAAUAUAUGAAGUAUUGGGAAACACCUCUUAAUCACUGAAUUCAAAGGUUUCACUUAGUUUCCAUUGCCACAGUUGAAUACAAUCAAGCACCAAGUCAUGUAUUCUGCCUUAGCAAACAUUCUAUUCUAUUUUAUUCUACUCAAACAAUGUAGCUGGUAACAUUUAUUUCCUCACAGGCAUAAGAGUGGGGCAUCCAAGUGCUCUAAUAUAUGUUUUGGAGUGGCAAAGGGGAACCGACUACACAUUAAUGACUAUAGAUUUAGAAUAGAAGGUCAUAAAAGGUAAUGUGUAGGUGUCCCAUUACUUUGUCCAUAUAGUGUAUCUGCAGCUACUCACAUCUAGCUAGUUAUGGGCUGUAGUUAUAACAAAUUAUUCUUAUUCAAGUCUAAACAUUACAUUAUAUUACAGACAUAUGUUAGAUAUGUAUUGGAUAGUUAUACAUAUAGUUAUGCUGUAACAUUUUGUACACAUGUAAUGUCUAAAAAUCUAAGAACACAUUGGCUCAUGGCUGUAAAUAGAGAUAAUUUAAUAUGUGUUACGAACGUGUUUAUAAAAUCCUAUACACAUGACAAAUCACUGAAAGUGUUAUUGUUAUGCUUAAGCUUCUUACAGCCAUGUGUAGUUAAAAGUAUUAAAUAAUAAAAUUCCAAAAUGUUGUUAGCUUUAUUUUGCUAGUUAUGAUUAUAGCUGAUUAUUUUGUUAUUAGGGAUGUUGCAAUUCACAAUAUCAAUAUACACUGAUUUUUUUAAUACAUUUUCUUGCUGCAUUCCUAAAUUGUAUAAUUAUAGCUAGUUACAUGCAAGUUAAAGAUAACAACUUGAGCCAAAGGAAAAGUCACAAUGUAUACAGUAUAAAGUAAACAAUGUUGUGCAUGUAUUGGUCACUUUGUGUCUGUUACAUCAUCACACAGCCAAAUUUAAACAUUAAUGUAUAAAGCAUGUUUUGUAAUGAGGUUAUAAUGAGCUUCACAGACACAAAGCUUGAAAUUUACACACAGGAAGGUCAUAUCGCAUCACUCCUCAGGUCAAUCCCGUUAACGUUAGUAGAAAUAAAAGAGUAAAUAAUGAAUAGAAUAGUGACCAAAUAUCUGUAGUGAUCCAAAAUGUACAUGAAGCUACACGAAGGCAGCUUUUUUUUGUCGUGUUUUGUUUUGUCGUGUUUGUCAAGCUGCAUUAAUCUGUAUUCAUGUUAUGUGGAAUAAUAAAACAUUCUAGUGGAUCUCAAAACAUUAGAAUAGCAUUGAAAGUGUAAAACUCAUAUUAUAUAGAUGUAUUAUACACAGAGUGAUCUAUUUAAAAAAAUAAAAACAAUUUGAUGAUUACAGCUUAUGGCCAUUAAUGAAAACUCAUUAUAAUAAAAUUAAAAUAUUAUAUAAGACCAAUUGAUACUUUUGGCAGUGUGGGCAGUGUGCCAAGUCCUGCUGGAAAUCAACACCAGCAGAUGACAUGUUUCUCCAAACCAUCACUGAUUGUAGAAACUUCACACUAGACCUCAAGCAGUUUGGACUGUGUGUCUCUCCACUCUUCCUCCAGACUCUGCUCCCUUGAUUUACAAAUAAAAUGCUAAAUUUACUGAUGGUCAGUGAUGGUUUGGAGAGACAUGUCAUCUGCUGGUGUUGGUCCACUGUGUUAUAUCAAGUUCAAAGUCAGUGCAGUGUUUUCCUGGAAAAUCUUAAUGCACUUCAUGCUUCCCUCUGCUGACAACUUUUAUGUAGAUGUGGAUUUCAUUUUCCAGCAGGACUUGGCACACUGCCCACACUGCCAACAGUACUAAUUGGUCUUAUAUAAUAAUAACAUUUUCUGAGACACUGAUUUUUGGGUUUUCAUUGGCUGUAAACCAUAAUCAUCAACAAUAAAAGAAAUGCUUAAAUUAGAUCACUCGGUGUGUAAUACAUCUAUAUAUCUAUAUAUCAUAUUUUUAACUGAAUUACUGAAAUAAAGUAACUUUUCAAUGCUAUUCCAUUUUUUUGAGAUGCACUAGUAUUUCAGCUAAUUUAUCACAAAUACGUGUCACUUAUUUACAAUUAUUUAGAGCCAUUGGAAUGAAACGGCAGCUAAGGACUGUCAAGAUAAGUGCCAUAGAAAUACAGCAAUAGUGCUGUAGGGCCAUAUGUAUAGAGAAAUAAAGAGUACAGUAUAGAAAAAUCAGUAACAAAUGACUGGAAUUCUACAUAACAUUGACAUAAACAUCAAACAACAUUUACAAUAAGAAAUGUAUAGCAUGCCAAUGUCAGUGUUAUGUAGCAAUACUUCCAAUUGUUACUAAAAUAUUACAGAUAUUUAUAUUUAUUGAAGAUUACAGCGUUUAAGAAGUCACAGUUUGUUUGUCAGUGCUGUGAUUGUUUACUUGAAGAUGUUUAUUGUAAAACAUGCUAAAUUCUGAACUCUCACAUGGCAGAAUGUAAGUGCUAAUACACUGUUUACACAUGUAGUUAUAUGUACACUGGAGAAUUCUCAUGUGUGUUGACGAAUAAAUAAAAUGUAAUGAAGCAAAUGGAAAUCUAA